GAGACUUCCUGUCACAAAUGAAAUGGUUCAUAAUCUGGUGGCCAUUGAGUUAGCUUAUAUCAAUACCAAACAUCCAGACUUCGCUGAUGCCUGUGGGUUAAUGAAUAACAACAUAGAGGAACAAAGGCGGAACAGGUUAGCCCGGGAGCUGCCUUCUGCUGUGCCACGAGACAAGUCUACUAAAGCUCCAGGUGCAUUGGCACCUGCUUCCCAGGAGACUGUUACUGCUGCUUCUGCUGAGGCUGAUGGCAAGACUCCUUCUGUAGGAGCUGAUGCAUCUCAGGAGUCUGGAACAGGCAGCUGGAGAGGAAUGCUGAAACCCUCCAAAGCAGAAGAGGUAUCAGCCGAGGAAAAAUCCAAGCCAGCUGCAGCCCUACCUGCUAGUCCUCAAAAAGGACAUGCUGUAAACCUAUUAGAUGUGCCUGUACCUGUUGCACGCAAACUUUCUGCCCGUGAGCAACGAGAUUGUGAAGUGAUUGAACGACUUAUUAAAUCUUACUUCCUUAUUGUUAGGAAGAACAUUCAGGACAGUGUGCCAAAGGCAGUGAUGCAUUUUCUGGUGAACCAUGUCAAGGACACUCUCCAGAGUGAGCUGGUGGGCCAGCUGUACAAAUCCUUGUUGUUGGAUGACCUUCUCACAGAGUCUGAGGACAUGGCGCAGCGCAGGAAAGAGGCAGCUGACAUGCUAAAGGCCCUGCAGCGAGCCAGCCAGAUCAUUGCAGAGAUCCGUGAGACACAUCUUUGGUGAAGACUGUAUCAGCCACACUAUUUAUAUGCAUUGGAGGUUACAUUGGCUUGACAAUUGCUAGGCAUUGUAUACGGAGUAGAAUUUUUAUUUAUGAACUCUUAUCUGUGUACUGCAACUGUGUAAAUCUGCUCAUGUAAAGACAGUUGGUUUGAUUUGCAAACAGAAAAAUAUGCUGUAUUUUGCAAAAGAAGUCAUAUUUAAUCCAUAUAAUAAAUGGCUCUAAAUGUUUCCUUACCAGGUUUCUGGUGCAAAUUAUAGGCAGACCAAGUCUUCUGUCUCAGUGACAGUCUCAUUUGAACUUGGGGAAAAAUGUUCAAGUUCCAGUGCCUGACUUGCUGAACUGAUUGCCUGUGGUUAAGACGGCCGGUGUAGUCUUGUGGCAUAGUUUUAAGCUGCUUUUCCAGUAGAAGUUUCAAUACUGUGAAGAAAAGAGAGCACCGAGUAUUUUCUUUCAUGAAUAUAUUGCAUGCACUGUGACAGAUGGAGGUCUCCCUUUUAUAGCACAGUAGAGAUGUCAAGCAUAUUACUAUGUAUGUGUGUUCCCUCUUUUUUUUCUCUUUGUCCCCAAAUGUUUCAAUGGCAGACAAAACUUCAGAUUUGAUUUCAUGGAGUAUCAUGUAGAAAGAAUUAACCUGGAGCUUGCGAACAAGAACAGUCUACUAAAAAGUGGCUGUAGAGUUAUUAAUGUGCACUGGAGCUUGCGUAUGAAUGUUGUGGAUUAUAAUCAGGCACAAGACACCUUUCCCUCCUUCCCCCUGGGACCAAGGCCCUGGACCAUCUGAUACUAAAUUUGCUCUGGCAGAACUGAAGAAUAAAACUGGAUUUCAAAAAUGUAAUGGGAUAAUAAGCAUUUCCUUUUAAAAACAGAUGAAGUUGGCCAGGGAGAAGGGGAUGCCCACAACUUCUUCAAAUUUUGGAAUGUAUGACAGUAUGAAAGAAAGUCUGUAGAAUUGGAAUAUUUAUAUCAGAGAUUACAGUUGCUUUUGAGGAAAUUUUAUAGUGCUGUAAGUAGCUUUUUUUUUUUUUUUUUAGGACAAUCGUAAAAUUAUGAAAUUUUAGGUUGGAAAUUAAGUUGAUGAGGUUUCUUUUUUUUCUGAUUAUAAUUCAUACAGAUAACUAUUGAUCACACUAGCCUUGAAAAAGUAAACAUUUUAAUUUUUAUGAAUAAAAAUUUAUUUAAACUCCAGCCAGCAUACUUGCAUGUACUUUUCAAGCAGAUUCACUCUUUUUGUAUAAAGUGAAAAUGUUUACUAUAGUGUUGCUGAUACUUUUUCUUUAACACAAUUUGCAUGAAAAAUAGGACUCUGCUGUUAACCUCCGUGGCUUGAUUUUGUGGUAUUGGGCCAAGAUAAUGAGGUUUUCAUUACCAUGUGCAGUUCCUUCCCCCUGAAAUCAGCAAAAAUUGAAUUCCUUUGGUAAUCUGCUAAAGAGGGAAAAUUUAAAAAUUCAGUUUACAAGAAGAUCUAUUUAAAAAUGUAUUUUUCUCAUGGUAAUCUUCAUUUUGGUAUCAAUAUGAGCACAAAGAGUUAAGUCUUACAGAUGCAACUUUUGGAUACUUCAUGUAGGAUCUGAGGUAAUUCAUGCAGAACACAGAAAUAUAUAUUGUGUAUUUUAAACAGCCUAAAAAGUCAUGGUUGUAUACAUUACGUGUAACAAAAACAAAGGAGGUACGUGUAUCUUGCAUUGUAUCCAGGGAUGGUAGUUCUCAGAUUUAAAAAAUAUGACUAAAGUGCAAACCACUUUUUAAAUCAAUUUGGUGAUCAGUGAAAGCUUUUAAGUUUUGUCAAAAGCAUUACAUUUCGUUUGGAAUUCACCUGACACCUCUCUCCCAGAAAUUUUCAACAAGGUAGUGCCGUCCACAAGUGAUCUGCUACCUAAGCUUUAACUCCUGAAGUUCAGUCAACAGUCUCUUUGUGAAGAAAUACUCUGAUUUGUAAAGUUUUGAAAUGCUGCAUAGAGCAAAUGAAUUUCACCUAUUGAAGGAAUUAUUGCAAGCGAUACCUGGCUCUGUAAUGUCAUGUGAAAUUUCCAGUGUUAAUUUGGUUUCUGAAAUGUUGACUUUUUUUGUUUAAGUUUCAUAAAAAGUUUCAAUUUGGUAAUGUUUGAGUGCCAAGAAAUGAACUUGAUUUGUAAUCCUUAAUGCAAGACUUUGAAGGUCCAUGCUGUAACAAUCCUGUUAUUUAAUAAACAGAUAAUACACAAAAUUAA